AUGUUUAAGUGGUCGCUUUUAGAUACUGCACUGCUUGCUGUUAUUUUUUACCACUUGGCCCAGGCUCCCUACACCAAGGUCGAGGAGAGUUUCACACUACAGGCAAUCCACGAUAUUUUAGAGUAUGGUGUUUUUGAUAUAUCUCGCUAUGAUCACUUACAGUUCCCUGGUGUGGUUCCCAGAUCAUUCAUUGGUCCUCUGAUUGUAGCCGUGCUUUCGAAGCCUGCCAUUAUGAUUUCAUCGAUGCUGAAUUUGUUCACUGAUGACACACAAAUGCAUGCUCAAUUGAUUGUCCGUGGUGUUAUUGGAUUAGUCAAUGGAUUGUCUUUGAUUAUGCUUAAGAAUGCCUUGCAGUCUUUGUUUGAUGAAAUCGAGGAGAAGAAGAACAAGAAACUGGAGAAAGAUGGAGAAACCCCAGCAAACACUGUCACCAUGACUAGUGUUGGGUCCUGGUUCCUUCUAUUCUGCAUGACAAGUUUUCAUAUGAUGUUUUACAGUUCUAGAACAUUACCAAACUUUGUUGGCGCGUUCCCAUUGAGUAAUAUUGCCUUAAGCUUGGCUCUCAAGGGAAAUCUCGAGUGGGCUAUUUUGUUACUAAGUGGAUCAGCUGUGAUUUUUAGAUUAGAGUUAGGCGGGUUAGCUGCAGGAUUAACUAUAUUUGGCUUCAUCUUCAAGAAGGUUGACAUUUUUAGGGCCUUAAAAUUUGGUUUCAUGGGUGCCGGUAUUGCUAUUGGUAUCAGCAUGUCAAUCGAUUCUUACUUCUGGGGUGACUGGGGAAUCCCAGAAGUUGACGCCUUUAUCUUUAAUGUUGUCUAUGGUAAGUCUGCACAAUGGGGUACUGAGUCACCUCUAGCUUACUUCACUAACUAUUUGAGGAUGCUAUUUCUUCCACCAACUGUGUUGGUAUUGAACUAUAUCGGAUACAGAGCAGCUCCAAAGAACCUGAAAAUUGUCACAUUAGCUGGCUACUUCCAUAUUUUGGCUAUGUCCACUCAACCACACAAAGAAUGGAGAUUUAUUAUUUACUCAGUGCCACCAAUUAUAAUGUUAGGUAGUGCAGGAGCUGCUUAUUUGUGGGAGAACUUCAAAGUUAGAACCAUGGGGAAUGCUGCACUUCUAGCCUUGUUACCACUAUCUGUUGCUAUCGGUGGAGUUGUUUCCUAUAUAUUUUGCUACAUCUCUACCAUGAACUACCCAGGUGGGGAGGCUCUUGCAAUGUUCAAUGACUACGUUAUGGCUAACAAUGUUACCAAUUCUACUGUAUUCAUCACCGUGCCACCUUGUAUGACUGGUGUAAGCCUGUUUGGCCAAUUGGACUUUGAUAAAUAUGGAAUUACCUAUGAUAGAACCGAAGAUUCAAAGUCUGUUCAGAAUAAAUGGGACUCAUAUGACUACAUGAUCACACAUGAAAGUCUUGACAUUGGUAAGAGUUUUGGUAUUGAAGACCCAUCUGCAAGCAAAUGGGAACUGAUUGGUAAGAGCAAGAUUUUUGCUGGAGUGAAUCCAGCUCCCUUAACGGAUUAUAUCUUCAAGGAAGGUAACAAUGUAUUCAGCUUGGUUAAGGAUGUUAUAAUGAGAGAAUCUCCAUACGAUUUCAUGUUUGCUAUGCUUGACAACUGCUUGAUCCGUCAAGACCUUUUCUUUAUCCAUAAAAGAAUUAGGAAUGACGCUGAUGAGAACUUGCAAUAG